AACGACAUGAGGAGGCGAUAAUUUCAACCGGCUGAUUUACUACGUGAAAAAUCGAGAAAGAAAAAUAGCACGGAAAAAUAUUUUUUUUUAAGAAAAUUAGAAUAAAACAAUAAGUGAUUGCAAGUGAAAUCCAUGAAAUUGAAGAGCGAAUUUUGCCAUCAUUUUUGUUUUUUUUUUUGUUGAAAUCAAAGUGAAAUUGUGUUGAAAGCGCAAAGUCAACAAAAUGUUGAAUACAUUUAGUUCAGUGACACCAUUCUUGAAAUUCAAUCCCAAACGGGUAACCAUCGAUAAUUUUGUAUUUAAACUGCAUUAUCGCUGGACUUUUAUAAUUCUAAUAGUGGCCACAAUAUUGGUUUGCUCUCGCCAAUAUAUUGGAGAGCAUAUUAAGUGCAUAUCGGAUAGUAUACCUUCCAAUGUGAUCAAUACUUAUUGUUUCUUCACUCCAACAUUUACUUUGGUAAGACAUUUGAAUAACACCGCCUUGGCAUCGGGUGCCAUAUUUCAACCUGGCAUUGGCCCCUAUGAGACACAGGAGGAACCCAUUAAACGUCAUGCCUACUAUCAAUGGGUACCCUUUGUGCUCUUCGGUCAGGCUUUGUUCUUUUAUAUACCCCAUGCUUUGUGGAAGUCAUGGGAAGGUGGUCGCAUUAAAGUCCUGGUUUUUGGACUUCGCAUGGUUGGUCUCACCAAAUAUCUAAAAGAUAAAAGUCUAAAAGUAGGCCGACUCGAAAUCCCAUCACUGGAAGAAACCGAUUCACGUGUCAAAGACAUACGUCGCACCAUGAUCGAUCGCAUGCGUUUGAAUCAAUCGUGGGGUGCACAUUUGGUCUUUGCGGAGAUUCUCAAUUUAUUGAAUUUGAUUUUACAAAUCUAUUGGACGAAUGCAUUCUUGGGUGGCGCCUUCUUGUCUCUGGGUCCCAAGGUGUGGCGUGAGCGUUGGGAUAACGAUAUGGAUGCCCUGGAUGUGGUUUUCCCCAAGGUCACCAAGUGUCAUUUCCACAAAUAUGGUGCUGGUGGUUCGCUGCAGAUGCAUGACACCCUAUGCGUUAUGGCCUUGAACAUUAUCAAUGAGAAGAUUUACACGAUUUUGUGGUUUUGGUAUUUGUUUGUGUUGAUUGCAUCAGUAUUGGGUCUAAUUUGGAGAGCUUUCACAUUGAUGUUCUAUAAAAGCUUACGAUUCACCCGCUUUUCAUUAUACUGGGCCAAACCUGGAAAAAUGGAUGAAAAUCAACUGUCAGCCGUUGUGAAAAAAUGCAAUUUCUCCAAUUGGAUGUUUUUGUUUUUCUUGAGAAGUAAUCUUUCGGAGUUCCUCUUCAAGAAAGUAAUUUUCCAUUUGGCAAGUGAAUUUCCCGAUGAGCAACGCGAAAAUACUUCCAAUGCUGCCAUAGAUCCAUCGGCUAUGCGAACGAUGCGCAUAGAUGAAGUCGACAGACCUUUACUGACAACAAAGCCAAGUGGCAGUAAAUCAGACUAAGUGCCAGCCACUCCAAGAUAGAGAGCUACAAAAAAGCAGCAACCAUGAAUUUUCCCAUGGGAAGUUUUUUUUUUUUGUUUUUAUUAAGUUAACCUAUAUUUUUUAUAAUUAAGAAAAAAAAUUGUUUAGUUUAAGUAUUAUUAUUGUUAGUAUUUUAUUUCCAUUUUUUUUAACCGCCUUAAACCAAAAAUAAAUGUAUGAAUUAUUUUUCAA